UCACUGGGAAACCCACAAGCAGAUGUGAUAGUGGAGUGAUGGAGAGACUGGACACAGAUGCAAAUGACCUGACACUGCACUGAACAAUACAUCAAGAGUGGCUGGUACUGAAAAGAUGGUGGGGCUGAGAAACCGUUCUACAUGGGAACCACUGUUACUCAAAACCUCCUGCAUCAAGUCUUGUGCCAACGGGUGCUCCAUGGGUAUUACUGCACACCUUACGUACGUCAAUGCCGACACAGAGUCUGUGGAAGGUGUGUUUGUGUACCCUCUGGGUGAAAAGGAGGUUGUGGUGGGCUUUGAAGCUGUGAUUGCGGGCCGGCUGGUGGGAGUGCAGAUCCAGAGCCGAGAGAAGCUGAAGGACUGUUGUUUGGAUUGCUGCCAUGGAUCUGGACUUGAUGGGAGCGGUCGGGAGUGGGGCUGCUGUGGAACGUCCAGCCUGGACAUACAAUGCACCAAUGGACAUCUCAUCCUGGAUGAGGACCUGGAAAGAACUACUUUCAUCAUUGGCUGUGGGGUCAUUGGACCCAUGGAUAUAGUGUCCGUCAUCAUAAGCACCACACUAGAACUACCAACAUUGGAAAACGGUGCAAUCCGGAUCAUCUACCCAACACUGCUUACUCCGGUUGUCACUGGCCAGAUGACUCAUAGCAAGAGUGAGAAUGGAGGAAAAUCUGAGGCCUCUGGGGCGACCAGCUGUUUUGGUGCCGCAUCAGGAAAACAAGAUCAGGCUUUAAAUUCUCAUCAACAAUGCUCCCACACCAUCUUCACCAGUCCAGCUGCCAACCUGGCUCCCUAUGAACUCAACUUCCAGCUCUUGGUCAGAGGAGCUUGUCUGCUAGCUGGACUAGAGAGCCCCACUCAUGCUCUGAGGGCAGAUGCAGACCCCAGCGCCCAAAGUGCCUCUGCCACCUACAUCACCUUGGCACAGGAGCAUCCAUAUGACAGAAACAUAGAGAUCAUUUUACACCUCAGUGAACCUCACAGUCCGCUGGUGAUCUUAGAAAGAGGCCGACUCUCCUUCAGCCAGUACGAACAGCAGCUCUCUUCCCGCAGGGACUUCAUUCGCUGCGCUCGCAAAAAUUCAGAGACUGAAAAAAAGCUGGAGUUUGUGAGGAGACGUUACCAUAAGGACAUCCUCUGUAACCCCGUCUUGAUGCUCAAUUUCUGCCCUGACUUGCUGUACGAACCUCUGGAGCUGCACAAAGCCACCAGAGAGUUGCUGUUCCUUGUUGAUCGAAGUGGCAGCAUGAGUGGCACUAACAUCCGCCGUGUAAAGGAAGCCAUGGCGCUGGCCCUCAAGAGUCUGCCCUCUGGUACAAUGCUCAACAUCGUUGGAUUUGGCACGACUGUCAAGCCUCUAUUCACCUCCAGCAAGCUUUGCACAGAUGUAAUUCUGAUGCAAGCCUACGAGUAUGUCCAGAGGAUGAGAGCGGAUAUGCGAGGUACCAACCUGGCGGGAGCCCUGACCUGGCUCUACCAGCAGCCCAUGCAGCGCUCAUAUCCUCGUCAGGUCUUCAUCAUCACAGACGGGUCCAUCAGUAAUGUGGCCAAAGUGCUGGAGUUGGUACGCAGAAACACAUGUGCUGGCAGAUGUUUCGGCCUAGGUCUUGGUCCUCGGGCAUGCAAGAGACUCUUGCAGGGCAUUGCAAAACUGACGGGAGGGACUACAGAGUUCUUGGAUGAGGAGGAAAGACUCCAACCCAAGUUAAUCAAGUGUCUGAAAAAGGCCUUUGAGCCUGUUCUGACUGAUGUUCGGAUUGACUGGUAUCUGCCAGAGAACAUGGAGGCUCUUCUCUCCCCCAGUGAAAUCCCUCCACUCUACCCCGGUGAUCGCCUCGUUGGUUAUUGCACUCUUUAUGACAUGUCACAUUUCAAAGCAAAGAAGACCGAGCCUCAAGGAUGGGACUAUACAGAUUUACAUCGUGGCUCUGUGGGUUCAGUUUUUGGCCACUCAAAUGACGAGUUUUCCCCUCCGUCUUCUGAGCUAAUGCCUGUGGCAUGUACGGAUGGCCCUGACCUGGAAGAGGCGCUUCGGGAAAUUUCCAGAGAAAUCUCUUCUGAGUUCUCCUGUGCCAAAGACACAGAUACUGGAACAAGUCCAGGCGUGGAGCUGGACUGGUCCAGUGAUAUAAGGAAAAGGAUACAGGAAACCUCAUACAUUCAGGAGCAGUACGUCCUCACACACUGCUCCCUUAGCUCUGAGCGCAGUCUCCAGACACAGUCACAGUCUCAAUCUCACAUACACGCCUCAAGCUCAGACUCGGCAGGCGGGGCCUUUCUGCCCAGCUCUCAUUCCUCUGGUCCAGUGUUGGAUACAAGGUCUCUACCGCAGGGACUAGAGAAGAUGCCCUCUCCAGAAAGUAGAUCAUCUUUGUCUCGUUGGGCAGACCCAGCAUGGCAGCAGAACCUUUCAGCUGAAACCCCUGACAAUGGGACAAAAAAGAAUGGGCACCUGGGUGGAGGCCUGGAGUCUCAUCGGAAACAGAAAGCUCUAGCCCGUUCUACCAUGGCGGCAAGGAGUUUCUCAUCCCCCCAGGGCGAGCUGGAGAUGCAUCGUCUGAGGAGAGCCCUGGAGAGGGUCUCGUUCGACCAAGCUUUGGGAGGUCGGCUGGAUGAAAGUGAUGGAGAAACAAAGCCUCCAUCAAGAGCGACACUGUCCCACAGAAGCCUCACUGAUUCCAAUGGGCUCUUGUUCCCGGCCUCUCCCCUGGACUGGGACAACCUCACAGACCCAGAGUAUCUCUUCAGCGCGGCUCCACCAGAAGACCCGCCCCCAGGUCAGUGUCGCUCCCUCAUCCAUGGCCACCUGAGUGGCCGGCCGGUGUCCUGGGAGGUGACCGUGGACCUGGGGCACCUCUGGGCCCCUGAGGGCCAGGAAGUCGCAGGGUUUGAGAGGUGUGGAGGAGACGAGGAAGAUGUAGGAAAACCGUGGGAGGAGAUUAUUCACCAACUGACUGCUCGCUCAGUCAUAAGAGACUUUGAGAAGAUGGCAGAGAAGGAGAGCGAAAAUGGAAACGGAUCAGCUAGGAGGCACCGUAUGAAGGCAAUCCAGACAAGUAAGCAUUGUAACAUCAUCUGUAUGUACACGGGCUUCACCACCAUUGACAGCAACUCCAACAGAAGCCUACAGGAGAACAUCGACAUCAGAAACACAGGGAUUCAUAUGGGGAACAGACAAAUUUCUCAUUCAGGCAGUCGCAAGCUGAAGCCCUAUUCUGUAGGUCUGGGUCGACGGCGGAUUAGCAGAGAAAGUGAGCAACUUGAAGACACCUGGAACUCAACAGACAAAGAUGACACUCCUGCUUCACCCUGUAGCAUGACAUCCUGGGACUCUAAUUUAGGUGGCAGUGGUUACUACACUGCAGCUCCUGCAGCAACAGGCGCCUCAUGCAAUCGCUUGCAGCGAUCCAUUGAGAGUAAGUCCAUGGAGAGCUUCUUUGGCACCAGGUUCCCACUGGUUAGACUCAGGUCCUCCAUUUCAUCAGGAAAGCAGGUUCCUCUCAAGUCCCACUGUCUGUCUGCAGAGACGGACAAACAACCUGAAAGUGAAGCUCCAGACUACCUGCCCCUGGUCAAUCUGCAGCUGGCAUCAGGAGCUUUUCUACUGACAGAAAUCUACUCCGACUGUGUCCAGAUCCCCCUGGACCGUCUCAAAAGAGCAUCACCUUACAGUCUCCACCGCCGGAGCCUCAGCCCGGCCUUCCGCUGUACAUCCCCUAGUGCUCCCUCCUUAUCGACUGCUGCCAGAGCUCCCACAACUCACCACGUUACCUUUUCUCCUUCUUCAUGCUCCCUUGCCAAAACGGCUGCUCCUCCUUUCCAUCACACCCCUGACGACACCGCUCUGAUUUUGGAGUCGAGGUUUCUGCGUCGACACCUAUCUGACCGAGAUCCUCCCACGUCACCCCCCGACCUGCCCAGCUCUGAGGAAGGCUCCUUGGAGCUGUCCGUCGGGCCCUCUCAGAGCCAAAGCUUCGGACAGGCAGACAGCGGCCGCGGGUCAGAGACCGAUGUGUGCGAGGGCUCCUUAGUGGAGCCAGCUGACCUUCAGGGCAGCAGCCAGCUGGCCAAGGAGGAUCUGGAGGGCUCGACCUGGGCCACUGCUGUGGCUCUGGCCUGGCUGGAGCACAGGUGUGCCGGCUAUUUCAUGGAGUGGGAGCUGGUGGCAGCAAAGGCAGACUUCUGGCUGCGCUGCCAGGAGCUGCCAGAGGGAGUGGACCUGGCAGCUCUCAGAGGGGCAGCCAGACAGCUAUUCCUGCUGCUGCGCCACUGGGAUGAGAACAUCAAACUUAACAUGCUGUGUUAUAACCCCAAUAACAUGUGAGACAAGUGCUCGUCACAGAUGAUAAUCAUUACACACUUUACAUGGAAAAGUUAAUGCUGUAUUUUAUUAACUGAUAUAAUCCAGUGCCAAAUCCAUUCUGAUUUUACAUGACCUAGACCGAGUGGCCUUUUAUUAUAACUCCGCUUUAUGCAAACACAGGAAUGCCUUGAUCAUCUGAAUAAGCUUUUUAUAGUUUAGACUUUAGCUUGAAGCCAAUGUAAUGCAUUACUGUGAUAAAUGCAUUAUUAUAAUAACUGUAAAAUCUGAAUGAAUAUUUGAUAAGCCAAUAAAAGCUGAACAUACAAAAUAAAAUGCCUUCUGAUUUACAUAGUUAUGAUGAAAUACAAAAAUAUAACUUCUUGUAAUUUGUAAAAAUGAAGAAAACUACAUGUCUUGCUGUUUCAGUGUCGCGCUUGCUUCACAUUAAAAUGAUGUGAACUGAUUACAGAGAAUGAAGUGAUUAAAACAGACAGAUAUAACUGUAUACAGCUUUGUUUCACACAUUUGUGAGAGGAAAAAAAAAAUGGACGGAUAAUAUGUUGGCCUAUGUUUGCUAAUAGUCAGACUAGGCCAGAGGAAAGUAGUGCUGAAUUUGUAGUAAAUUUACCAAUCCAGAACUUAAUUCUAGUUUUUUGUGUAAAAAUUCUUCAAUAUACCUCUUUCUGUAAACACAAGAUGCUUUGUGCACCAAU